AUGACCAGCCGGGCGAUAGACGGCAGCAGAAAAGAGAAGGGAGGGCAUGCGUCUCUGAUCGGGACACUAAAACGCCUAACCCUCUCAACCGACAGGGGUUCAAAGAACACGUUUAAGACCCCAGCUGCGAUGGGGUUCCUUUCUUUACCAGCAGACACCAUAAAACAUAUUGUCUCCUAUCUGACCGUCUUGGAUCGUUUCCGACUCAAACUGGCAGGGAACCAUUUCCUCGCCGCUUUAAUAUCUACCGUUUCCCGAGCAUCUUUCCAAACGUGUCUUGCACAACUGGAGCCGCUGACGUCGAAAUGUUGGUAUAUGAAUACGGGCCCAGAAAAAGCACUCCAUAUCGCAUGUGAGGAAGGAUAUGACGCAUUGGUCCACAAAUUACUACUCGCAAAUCCACACUUAAUAAGCUUGACUUGCUUAGAGAAAUGCUUGACUGCUGCCAUUGUUUGUCACCAGGAGUCAGUUGUGCGGAUGCUUCUUGUGCGUUUACCCACCGAACCGUUCUUGGAGUUCCUUGACAAGAUCCGUCUUCGAAGGAUCUGGUAUAUGACAAAAACGACUGUGGUGGAAAAUAUACUCGAGCAAGCCGCCGUGCGGAACUGCGAGUGGGCUAUCCCACUGUUGUUGAAGCAUGGGGCGCGGCCUUCAUCUCGACGUGGUAUACAGGCGCUGAGCGCUGCCGCUUCAGCUGGAUAUGAAGAAGUUGUGGCGAUGUUGUCUAAGCGAAUACUAUGGUCUAGAGGCAGCAAGCUCUCAGGUAUCUUGAUUAAGGCCGCCCAGGGGGGGCAUGAGGGAACUGUCAAGAUUCUUCUCGAUAGAGGUGCCGAAAUGCCUCAUGACCCUUCUUUUCCAGGUGCAAAGCAUCUGGCGGCAAAGGGGGGACAUGAGAAUAUCUUCAAACUCCUGGUCUUAAAGGAUCGCGAAGACUAUUUUGUGAACCCACGCAUUCACCUUGACAAAGGAGUCCACAUGUACUCUUCUCGCGCGCAGGUAAGGUCAGCACAACAUGACCUAAAGUGGUGUGCUUUGCACUUUGCCAUUUAUGGUAGGAAUUUUAACAUUGUUAAACUCUUGUUAGAAAGGGAUAUGGUGCCGCAACAUCAUGCUCAACACAGAGCAACGGCCUUACCUCUUGCUUCUAAGCGUGGUUGUACAGACAUAGUCAAGCUACUUCUGGAGACCGGAUUUGAUGUUUCCGCACCACUACAGGGCAGGUCCGCGAUACAGCUAGCUGCAAUGUACGGCUACGCAGAGGUGAUAGCUUUACUUCUGGAUGCCGGAGCAGCAGUGGGUUCGUGUGAUCUACUGAAUGCGGCAUGCAGCGGCUCUGUAGCAGUGGUAUCGCUCCUUCUUGACAAGGGUGCAGAUAUACAAGAAAAGGCUUAUAUCUCAGAGGAAACAGCGCUUCAUGUUGCAGUCCGUCAUCAUCACCCGGAGGUCGUCCGUGUCCUUCUCAAAUCUGGUGCAAAGACCGACGUAAUGGACCAUUACGGGUAUACACCCUUGGCAUUUGCAAUCGGGCAUAAUCAAGAGAAGUGCAUCAACUUACUAGUCGAGUACGGCGCUGACAUCGAAUUCGUAUCUUUGAACCGGACUGGACGUCGUGGAAAUGCGCUAUGUUGUGCGAUUGAAUCCAAUAAGGCCCAUCUAAUACCUUUGCUUCUUCAGCACGGUGCAAACAUCGAAGCAGAGGGUUAUGAGGGCAAGAGGCCCUUUCACCGGGCAGCUAUGCAAGGAAACAUUGCAGCUCUUGAAGCGCUCCUCACUUCUGGCGCUGACAAAAACGCCAGAGAUGCAUUGCAACAAACAGCCUUGCAUCAUGCAUCCCUAGAAGGUGCCACUGAUGCAAUACGUGCGCUCCUGCGGUGGGGUCUAGAUAUCCACGCCCGAGACGAAUAUGGUCAAACACCGCUACACAAGGCCCCGUUGUCCCCCUACGCGGAUUCCUCCACAGUGUACAACUUAUUAGUUAGCCAUGGUGCGGACCCAGAAGCAAAAGACAAUGGAGGGAAGAGUGCAUCUAGUUACCUUGCUGACAGGCGUGAAGCGUACUAUGACAGGCUGACACGCGGACAGUGA